CAUUCUUUCAUAUACCUAAUCGAGAACUCAAAUUUUCUUGAGAGAAAAACAAAACUUCGAAAGAGAGAGCUACUAAUUAAAGAAGUUAUGGGUAUGUCACCAUUAAUAGUGAAGAAACUUGGUUUCAUGAUCUUCAUGAUUGUUUUAGCUUCUACUCUUUCUGUCUCUUGUGCAGGUCGGCCAUCGAUUCUAGUACAUACACAUAUAAAUCUUCAUGACGAGGUGGUGGAAAGAAGCAUCCACGAGCAUGAGAGGCUUUUGAGAAUGAACACAAAGGAUUAUGGAUACAACAGGCCAGCGCCAAGACUUGAGAGGCCUCCUUUUAAGCUUAUUCCCAAUUGAUGAUGGCUUCAGCUUGGACCUAGCUAAUCUAUCCUUAGUAUAACUAUAGAUAUAAUUAGUUUCAAUGACUAUAUAGUUUCAUCGAACUUUGGAGAUGUAAUAUAACAUAUAUAUGUGAAAGCUAAAUAAAGGUAAGCAGCUAGCUCGAGAGCUAUAUGCUACUACUAUAUUCCGUGGCACAUACCCAUGGCAUCACAAUAUAUAGUGUCUUUGGUUUUGGUUUUCAUAUAUGUCCUUGUGUCAUGAUGUAUAUACUAUUUUUUUUUCAA